AUGGUUGAUCAAAUGCUUUCCGGAUCUAAUUGCGUGAGAUUCACUUUGUCAACACCAGAUUUGCAGGAAGUAAUACGAGAACUUGACUCUGUUAUGGAGCAAGUGGAGGAUAAGAAGAAGCUUCAAGAACUUGAUUAUGCUAUUGAACAAGUGAAGCUCGUGGAGAUGGAGGAUAACAUUCCAUCUAGUUCGAAUGUUGUCGUGGGAAUUGAUGCUGAUCUGAUGCUUCCAUCGAGUUCGAGUGUUGUUGUGGGAAUUGAUGCUGAUAUGAUGCAACUGAGGGAACGGCUGACCAGCAUGCAGACAAAGCUGGAGAUUAUCCCCAUCGUUGGUAUGGGUGGAGUAGGUGAAAUUGCUUAG